UGUAACAUAAGUGGGGGUAACUUGUCCUUUGGAAGCACGUGCUUUGGGCUCCCCACGAAUAUUUAAAAAAAUUCCGAAAAAGUUCAAGAGUUCGGUGAUUUCAGUUUUUUUCGGUUGCUUUGAUCUGAUAUAAGAUUUUCGUGUGAAUUAUGGCCCCUGGCGCUGUGGAUAAUGAUAUAAAAAACGACGAAAAUCGUCCAGAAAAUAUGGACAAAAAUGUAUCGAAGAAUCAGGAAGAUUGUAAAGAUAACAAAAAUAAUGACGACAACAAAACCAAUGGUCAUUCUGAUGGAGAUAAAGAAACAGAUAAGGUGUCCAAAGAUGUAGAAGAAAAAGAAAAGGACGAGAGCGAAGAGAAAGCGACAACUGAAGAAGAAAUGUUUUCUCCUGAAAUUGGAUUUACCGUAAAAAUUCAGAGUCCUGGAAUUGAGGCUUUCGAUAUUCAAGUGUCCAGUAUAGAACUAGUUCAAGAAAUCCAUCAGCUUCUAAUGGACCGAGAAGACACUUGCCACCGUACCUGUUUCUCCUUGCAAUUGGACAGCAACACUUUGGACAACUUCGCCGAACUGAAAAACAUCGAAGGCUUGAAAGAAGGCUCCCUGAUCAAAGUAGCCGAGGAACCGUACACCAUGCGCGAAGCCCGCAUCCACGUCAGACACGUCCGCGAUUUAUUAAAAUCCAUCGAUCCGGCUGACGCUUACAACGGCAUGGAAUGCAAUUCUUUAAGUUUUUUGAACACCGUCACUCAGGGAGAUAUUUUGGAAAAGAAACGGAUGCGGCCGGAAUCGGUCGAUUGUACUCCGCCCGAUUUUAUUCUGCCCGAGAACAAGGACAGGCCUUUGACGGCGCUACAGCCCCAAUUCAAGGACCAGAAAUCGCCUCAGUGCGUCAAAGUGCUAACUACUUCCGCCUGGAAUCCGCCGCCCGGUUAUAGGAAACUACACGGCGAUCUUAUGUAUCUUUAUGUGGUGACACUAGAAGAUAAACAUUAUCACAUAUCAGCGUGCGCCAGAGGCUUCUACAUCAACCAAUCAACUGCGGAAGAGUUCAAUCCGAAACCCGCGACGCCCAGCCACCUGUGCCACUCUCUAAUUGAGCUACUGAAUCAAAUUUCGCCCCAAUUCAAAAGGAAUUUUUCCGCUUUGCAAAAGAAACGCAGCCAGAGGCACCCAUUCGAAAGGGUGGCCACUCCUUAUCAGUUGUACGCUUGGUGCGCUCCCACCAUGGAUCAUACCAUCGAUGCUAUUCGGGCUGAAGAUUCCUUGUCUUCCAAACUUGGUUACGAAGAACACAUACCCGGUCAAACCAGAGACUGGAACGAGGAAUUGCAAACCACCCGAGAACUUUCUAGGAAAACUUUACCGGAACGGUUGCUACGCGAAAGGGCGAUUUUCAAGGUUCAUAGUGAUUUUGUAGCAGCAGCCACCAGAGGCGCGAUGGCGGUGAUUGAUGGUAAUGUGAUGGCGAUCAAUCCGGGCGAAGAGGCCAAAAUGCAAAUGUUUAUUUGGAAUAAUAUUUUCUUUUCGUUGGGUUUCGACGUCAGGGAUCAUUACAAGGAACUGGGCGGCGAUGCUGCUGCCUUUGUGGCUCCACGCAACGAUCUCCAAGGUGUCAGAGUUUACAGCGCAGUCGAUCUGCCAGGCCUGUACACUUUAGGUACAGUUGUCAUCGAUUACAGAGGUUACAGGGUGACAGCUCAAUCAAUCAUACCGGGAAUAUUGGAAAGGGAACAAGAACAAUCGGUCGUUUACGGGUCAAUCGAUUUCGGUAAAACCGUUUUGUCGCAUCCGAAAUAUUUGGAUUUGCUUAACAAGGCCGGUCAACAGUUGAAAAUUCUACCGCAUCACGUGUUGAAUGACAAAGAUGAAGCCGUAGAAUUAUGCUCGAGCGUGGAAUGUAAAGGAAUUAUUGGAAACGACGGUCGGCAUUAUAUCCUGGAUCUUUUGAGAACUUUCCCGCCAGAUGUCAACUUUUUGAAAUUGGAAGACGACGAUUUAAGCAAAGAAGUGAAAGCCCACGGUUUUCCAAUCGAACACAAACACAAGCUCUGUUGUCUCAGGCAAGAACUCAUUGACAGCUUUGUCGACGCCCGUUAUAUGAUGUUCAUCAAAUACGCCGCCUACCAUUUGCAACAGCUGAAUCUCAAAAAGACCGGCAGCGAAAAACUAAAUCAGAAAUCUAUAGAAGAAAAAGUAGAAGAUAAUAAGGAAAUUGUUAAGGACGAGAAAAAGGAGAAAAACGAACGCGAAGAUAAAAAGAGUCAGAUGGAGGACGAUGAAGCCAAGAAAAUUGUCGAAAGUAUCACUGAUGGGACUAAAUUGGAAUUGGAAGAAAGUACUAAAAACAUUGUCAAAACGGCCUCGAUAGCUGUUGGUUCACUUAAAGAUGCUGAGUUUGACAUCCGAUUCAAUCCCGACGUUUAUUCUCCAGGAAUAAAGCACUCGGACAGUUUGGAUCCGGCCAUAUCCAAACAAAGACAGUUGGUUAAGGAUGCCGCCGAGUUUUUGUUGACAGUGCAGAUUCCUACUUUUAUCAGAGAUUGUCUGGACCAUUCUUCGGCCCCGAUGGACGGAGUCACCCUGUCCGAAGCCAUGCACAAUCGCGGAAUCAACAUCAGAUACUUGGGCAAAGUGACGAACUUGCUGGCGAAAGUCAAACAGCUCGAAUAUCUACACAGCAUCGCCGUCGGCGAGCUGAUUUUGCGAUCCGCCAAGCACAUUUUCACCGCUUACUUGCAGAGCUGCGAAAUGAUGAAUUUGUCGGUGGCGAUCGCUCACUUUUUGAAUUGUUUCUUUUAUUCGGGCGGAGCGGUGGCGAAUCCUUUGCAGAAUGUCGAUGAGUUCCAGAGUAAAACGAACAAAAAGCGCAACAAACGGCGAGGCCGCGCCAACCCGCUGAUGGGCAACGAAAACAACGAGUGGGCGAAUCUGACUCCGAAAUCUUUGUGGAAUCAACUCCGGCAAGAACUCAAGGCCUACUACGAUUACGAUUUGACGUCAAAUGACGUCGAUGCCGUCAUCGAAAACUACGGCCUCCAAAAAGUGUCGCUGUUACGAGGUUUUUGCCUCAAAAGCGGCAUCCAAAUUCUAUUGCGCGACUACAAUUUGGAAUCGAAAAACAAACUGAUAUUUUUCGAGGAAGAUUGUCUGAAUAUAUUUCCUAUAGUCAAGCAUAUAAAUCCACGAGCCACUGAUGCCUAUAAUUUUUAUACUACAGGGCAAACUAAGAUCCAGCAAGGGUAUUUGAAGGAAGGCUAUGAAUUAAUUAGCGAGGCAUUGACAUUGCUCAAUAACGUUUACGGGGCGAUGCAUCCCGAGAUUGCGCAGUGUCUGAGAAUGAUCGCCAGGCUGAAUUAUAUUAUGGGCGAUCAUGCCGAGGCGAUGGCCUACCAACAGAAAGCGGUUCUGAUGUCAGAGAGGGUCAAUGGAAUCGAUCAUCCUUAUACGAUUACUGAAUAUGCUCAUCUAGCUUUGUAUUGUUUCGCAAACAGUCAAAUAAGUACAGCCCUGAAGUUAUUGUACCGAGCCAGGUAUUUAGCGGUAAUUGUUUGCGGCGAAAAUCAUCCAGAAGUCGCUUUAUUAGAUAGUAACAUCAGUCUGAUCCUGCACGCCGUAGGCGAAUACGAACUCGCCCUCCGUUUUCUCGACAAAGCUUUGGCCCUCAACGUCAAAUACUACGGCGGCAAAUCCCUAAAAGUCGCUCUCAGCUACCACCUGGUGGCGAGAACGCACAGCUGCAUGGGCAACUUCCGAGCCGCCCUGACCAACGAAAAAGAAGCGUUCGCCAUCUACAAGACGCAAUUGGGCGAUAAUCAUGAAAAAACCAAAGAGUCUUCCGAGUGUCUGAAACAUUUGACGCAGCAGGCGGUCGUGCUGCAAAAGAAAAUGAACGAGAUUUAUACCGGUAAAAAUGCGACGGCGUUGCCGCCCAUUCAAAUUCAGCCGCCUUCGAUGGGAUCGGUUUUGGAAAUGUUGAAUGUCAUCAAUGGGAUUUUGUUUGUUCAGCUUAGUUCUGAAGACAUCGAAAACUUCAAGGCGGAAAUGGAGAAGCGACAACAAACGGAAAUAUCCGAUGAAGACGAAAAAACGAAACUGAAAAAUGCGGAAAAAGAAGAAAUCGAAGCGACCGCUUAGCAAAGACUGCACACCCCGCACGGUGAUAAUUUAGAUUACGUGGAAUACUUGGUAUAGAAGUAAUUGAAGUGUUUUGCAGUGUGCGACUUGAAUCGAAGGAGUUUUUAAUUAUUUUUUCUUUGGUUUUUUUCGUCCCGCAAUUUAUUGUUUUCAAGUUUCGUAGUUUAUUUGAGCAAUUAUUACAGUUUCCUGCUUCAAAUAAAUUACCAAACUUGCUUUGUAUAACUGUGCUGUGAUAUAUGUAAAACAAACUAAUAAAAAAUCAUUCAUUAACGCCAAAGUUACCAUUUUUAUUAAUUAUUUGUAAUUAAUCGACUCGAGACACUGUUUUUUUUGUUAUUUUAGUGUCUGCGUCGGACGCGCAAUUAAUUAAUUAUUGUGAAUAUAGUGAUUGAAAAGUCCUGAUACUUCUAUGCCAAAAAAAAAAAAAAAUAGACAAUUGUUAGCUUAAAUUUGUAGUAUCGAAGUUAGAUGAUUUUUGGAAAUAUGCAUUGUUGCCGUACAUGAUAUUAUUUCCUUGUAGGUGAACAAGUUUUGUAUGUAGUUUUGGUGCAAAAUGGGGCGAUCCAAGUUUUUAGUUUUAAGGGAUUUUGUAAUCAGAAUUUUUGUUAAAUAAAUGUUACAGGUUGCAAAUUUAA